AGAAACCACCCCACCUUCGACGCUUCGACGGUCAUCCUCGUUCGGCUGCGAUUGAAUGCGCUCAAGUUUAUGGCAAAUGCUAUAAAAGCCAAACCUCAACCCAAAAUACUUUCAUUCAAGUUCCCCGUACCAUGACUUCCCCCGAGAGCAACCACGUCCGAAAUGCGACGGUUUUGGGUGAUCAGAAACUGACGGAUUCGCCGACCAGCCCAAGUUUCAGUAGAGAAUCUUCUACAGACAGUCAAAAUUCCACCACAUCAAGCAAUGUUGUACCUCCGUUGACCGCACAUCCUUUCCGCACACUCGUUCUCUGUUUUGACGGGACUGGUGAUCAAUUCGAUUCUGACAAUUCGAACAUUGUGCAACUAUUUUCCAUACUGAAAAAGGAUGAUAAAGACACACAAAUGGUCUACUACCAGGCUGGUAUAGGGACUUACACGUCUCCGCAGAUUGCUACGCCCUUGAUGGCGAAGUUCUCGAAGACUAUAGAUAUGGCAAUAGGAUGGUACUUGGAUGCUCAUGUUAUGGGUGGCUAUGAAUUCCUUAUGCAGAACUAUAAAGCUGGCGAUCGUAUUUGCAUUUUUGGUUUUUCACGAGGCGCAUACACUGCUAGAAGUCUGGCAGGAAUGAUUCACAAGGUCGGGAUACUGCCUGCGUGCAACCACCAGCAAGUCCCAUUUGCGUACAAGAUGUUCACUCGCGAUGAUGAGAUCGGCUACGCGCAAUCCGCCGCUUUCAAGAAGGCGUUCUCAGUCGAUGCUACGAUUGAAUUCGUCGGCGUUUGGGAUACGGUGAAUUCGGUGGGCUUGAUACCCCAUCGUCUACCUUUCACUAGGUCGAAUACCCUUGUAAAAACCUUCCGUCACGCUGUGUCGUUGGACGAACGUCGCGCAAAAUUCAAAGCAAAUCUUUGGAAUUCUCCUUCUGAUGUCAAUACCGACAAGAUUGAGGAGACAGGAAAACACUCGCAUCAUCAUCACCACCAUCUCGACCGUGAAUACCUCCGCUUCUUCAAAGACCCAAACCAAAAGACUGACAUUGAGGAGGUUUGGUUCGCUGGAUGUCAUUGCGAUGUUGGAGGAGGAUCUGUUUCGAAUACAGAGACGACCAACCUCGCUAGAAUCCCCCUUCGAUGGAUGAUUCGCCAGUGUUUCAAGACUAAUACUGGGAUUUUGUUCGAUUCAGAAGGCCUCCGCUCGUUGGGAUUGAAUCCCAGUUCACUGUGGCCCAAAGUUGAACCUCGUCCUGCUUUGACAGCCCCAGUGACUCCUUCCCGCAUCCGGCCCAUCCCGCGUAAUCCCCCUCCUCUAAACUCUCAGGAUCUUUGUCAGGAUCUUUCAAAAGGGUCCAGCCCUAGUAUAUUCAAAACUGAAGAAGAGCUCGACUUGGAAGAUGCCAUGAGCCCUAUCUACGACCAGCUGAGCCUUGCUCCCGGAUGGUGGGCGCUGGAGUUCCUGCCCGUGAAGAACAAAUUCCACGACGGAUCGGGUAAGUUCUUGACGGAGAUUGAGUGCAACCUAGGGAGAGCAAGGAGAAUUCCGAGGCAGAAGCAAGGUGUGAAGAUCCAUAGGAGUGUGAAAAUGCGAAUGGAGGCACAGUAUGAGAAUGGUAAAAAGUAUAUUCCGAGAGCAAAGUUCGAUCCUCAGUAUGUUACUUGGGUUGAUUAGUCUUUCGUUCGAGAUUUCUGUGCAGUGAUUGAUCAUAUCAUUCCUUUUCCGUCAAGCAUGAUUAUUGUAAUACUUAUGUAUUAAAAUAGCUACGUUUCCGAGUCCUGUGCCGGUUUCUUUUCCUGCCUAUUUUGAACAUGUACAGAUUCGAGUGCCACCUGAUCGUUGCAGCUUGAUGAGCAGGCAAUCCCAGUGUCAGUCUUUGUGACGGGGAUGCCGCUAAAUGUUGAACAAACGGGACAUAGUUGCACUGGAUCUUUGGCGAAACUUUAUGCAGUGGGGUGUUUUCCUUCUUGGCGGAAAAAUAGACGCUAAUAGAUAGACGCCUGCCGGAGAUAGCUUUGUCUCCUAGUUUGU